GACGUGCUUCCGUUGGCUGUAUGUGAAAGCCUGCCGUCUCGCCGCCAUCUUUAUUAUUUCCUCAGCCUAGCGGGGUUAGGGAGGGGAAUCUUAGCGCUCGAUUCAUGUGCAGACAGCGCGGGCAUAAUGGGACGUGCAGUUUCCUGAUGGACAUGAGAGGCAGAGCGGGCAGAGGUCGUGUCUGUAGCUGAAGAGACAGAUUAUUUCCUUUUCGCAAACUCUGUCCAGUUCGCUUUUAUCCACAACAUCACCUACAAGAUGUCGUCCGCUAGAUUCGACUCCUCGGACCGCUCUAGUUGGUACUUUGGACCGGUGUCGCGACAAGAAGCUUUAUCGCGGCUGCAGGGGCAGCGCCACGGCGUAUUUCUCGUGCGGGACUCGUCCACUUGCCCCGGCGAUCACGUGCUGUCCGUGUCUGAGAACUCGCGGGUCUCUCACUACAUCAUCAACUCGCUUUCUGGCCGGAGGUACAAGAUCGGCGACCAGGAGUUCGAUAACCUACCGGCCCUGCUCGACUUCUACAAGAUCCACUACCUCGACACCACAACUCUGAUCGAGCCCGCGCCCAGGUAUCCAAGCCUACCUGUAGGAACUGGCACUGCUCCCAGUGUACCUGUGCCAGAGGAAAACCUGGAAUAUGUUCGGACUCUGUAUGACUUCCCUGGUAAUGAUGUUGAGGACUUACCUUUUAAGAAAGGCGAGAUUUUAGUUAUUGUAGAGAAGCCAGAGGAACAAUGGUGGAGUGCCCGGAACAAAGAUGGCCGGCUUGGCAUGAUACCAGUUCCCUAUGUGGAAAAGCUAUCCCGUCUUUCCCUUCAUGGGAAAAUGGGCAACCGAAAUUCAAACAGCUAUGGAAUUCCUGAGCCUGCCCAUGCUUAUGCUCAGCCUCAGACCCCCAGUCCCCUGCCUGCUUCAUCCACCCCUCCUGCUGUCAUAAACCCUUUACCAUCAACACAGAAUGGACCUGUUUAUGCUAAAGCAAUUCAAAAACGAGUGCCGUGUGCUUAUGACAAGACAGCACUAGCGUUGGAGGUAGGGGACCUGGUGAAAGUGACCCGCAUGAAUAUUAAUGGUCAGUGGGAAGGAGAGGUGAAUGGUCGGAAAGGGUUAUUUCCCUUCACCCACGUCAAAAUCAUUGACCCGCAGAACCCAGAUGAAAAUGAGUGACCAGCGAUCUGUCCCUUCCUCUUCCUGCUUCUCCAUCCGCUCUAUUCGUCUCUCUGGAUGCCCUGAAGUUUCCCCGGCAUUUCCUUCAACUUUGUUUUUUCAUCGGCCUUGUUAUGACACUUCAGAGAAUAACACACUGCAGAGUUCACCUACUGACGCAUGUAACAUAGCGUGUUUGUCCCUAAUGCAAAGCUGCUUACCAUGUGCAGAAGUUUGAGACAGCAGAUCCCACUCCUUGCUUAUUGGGAGAACAAUAUGGCUUAGAUCACAAACACUCAUGGAUUGAUUUUUCUCGAACAAAUUCACAUCGUGGCUGAACAAUUCUGAUGUCUGACCCCGGCUGUUGCCACACACAAUAUACAAACAAUACCAAGACUUGAAGCCUCUUUCUCUGCUCUAAAAACAAGGAUUUUUAUAUACUUCAGGGGAGAUUAUGGGGUGUGGCAAGGAAUGGCUUGUUCUGCUCUUGUCACCUAUAUAUAAAAAAAGCUGAGGCCUUUAUAAAGUGAAACCAUAUUAAUGGCGGAUCUGUGUAAUACACAGUUAAAUGAUGAUGGCGUCUAUACGCAAGAGCUGUGCGUGCUGAAGGUUAACCUUCCUGCAGUUCCCUAUGCUCACUGGAUUUCACAGCAUGCAGUGUUCAUUAACUCUUGUUCCAGUGCCAACACAAUACAUUGAAGCCAAGCGUAAAGUCAACGGAAAAAUACUGUGUUUUUAGCGAACAAUGAAAGUGUAUUGCAGUGGGCAAACCUGCAUCAGGUAUUUCACUGAGGGAAGCUGCCAAGCAUGAAAGCAUUUUACACUUGUCCACUAACUUAUGAUUUGCCAUCUACAUGCCCAGCCAUUUGUGCUCCAUAAUUUCAUUGAAACCUGCUUUCUUUACCCUUUUGCUUGGAUGCUUAAAGGGAUAGUGUCAUGGGAAAAAAUAUUUUUUUGUCAAAAUGCAUCAGUUUAGUGCUGCUCCAGCAGAAUUCUGCACUGAAAUCAGUUCUCAAAAGAGCAAACAGAUUCAGGUUAGACAUACUGUCAGUUUCCCAGCUGCCCCAGUCAUGUGACUUGUGCUCUGAUAAACUUCAGUCACUCUUUAUUGCUGUACUGCAACUUGGACUGAUAUCCCCCCCGACUAACAGAACAAUGGGAAGGUAACCAGAUGGCAGCUCCCUAAUACAAGAUAACAACUGCCUGGUAGAUCUAAGAACAACACUCAAUAGUAAAAUCCAGGUCCCAUUGCGACACAUUCAGUUAUAUUGAGUAGGAGAAACAACAGCCUGCCAGAAAGCAGUUCCAUCCUAAAGUGCUGACUCUUUCUGAAUGACCUGAGAUGGAGCCUACACACCAAAUAUUAUAACUAAAAGAAUACUCUACAAUACAAAAUGUAAUUCCUGAACAAGCAAGUGUGAAUUAUUUGCAGUGUAAACAGUGUCAUUUAGAAAUAAAAUCGACACCAUAAAGAUCAUGACAGAAUCCCUUUAACAAGCUUUCCCCGGGGUUUCUCGUCGCUUUCUCUGUUCAUUAAGUGAGUGCAAUUAAAAGUUUGACUACAAGACUAUGAUAAAAGUGUUUGAUUAGUAAAGACCAGAUGAUUUCCUCUAGAACAUCCACUGCAGUAGUUCUUCAGCAAGCAGGGGGUCUAAAGUAGAACAGGAGUAUAUUUAUUGAAAUGGAAGUGUAUGGUGGCACAUAUGGGCCAAUCCUUGGCUCAUUCCUUUAGCAGUACCAGUUUCCUGGAUCCUAUCAUUCUACCCCAAAUCCUGUCAUGGGCUGCAUGAGAGCAAAGCCCCUUAUGUAAUGAGCUGGAUGCUACCGAGGCCCGAGUAAGCUUAGCGGCUUCUGUUCUGUUGCCAUCAUUUUGCUUUGGGCAGAUAUUAAAAAGCAGAUCUGUCAUGUUGGGGCAUCUUCCUAUGGCAGGUUGUCUCAUAUUUUUAUUUUUGUAAAGGGAUGACAAAUACAUUUGUGCCAUUUUGUUUGCUUUGUAAAUUGUAAUUUUAUAUUGUAUUUCCUUCCUGGGAUUGUGUGUCUGGGUUGCUUUUCUGAUCCAGUGUAAUUAACAUUCAACUGUAAAUUUUCAAUCCAUUGAUGCUCCGCCUGCAGGCUCCUCUUUUUACAUGUCCCUGCGGGAUGUUUUUAGAGUGGCGGCAUUCACUGGCUUGGAUUUCACCAUGAGAACACGUACAAUAUCUUAGGUGUAACCUUUUAACUCUUUGUUUUGUUUUCUGGGGAGGGAAUGGGGGAAAUCAUAGCUUUGAGUUUUAUUUUUUGUGCUGUAAAAUUAACAGUAUUAAAUGACUUAUAUUCUU